UUAAUUUUGUUAUAUAUAUAUUCAAGAUUUCACUGUAAAGUGGUCUCUGUUGGUUGGUCAGUUAGACCUAUAUCAGUAUGAGAGUAGUUUAUUUUUUAUUGUAUUUCUUAAGUGUAGAGGCGGCCAAAAAAUUACCGUCAUACGUAGAGCAAUGUUAUAGAAACCCACCAAAUGAAUUGUCCCAAUGUCUUAAAAGAAAUAUAAACAACCUUCGAUCGAAGGUUCGAGAUGGAAUAUCAGAACUAUCGAUACCGUCUUUAAAUCCAUUGAUAUUAAAUGGUACAGCUAUACUUGAACCAAACGCCGAUUUCAGGUGUGAAGUGGAAGAUAUAAAAUUAUGGAAUAUGAAUAAUCUGGUGAUAAACAAUUUUGAAAUGGAAUUAGGAAAAGUUAAAAAAUGGUCACUAGAUAUAGGAUAUUCUUACCUAUCAAUGAAUUUCAAAUAUAAAAUGAAAGGGAAAUUACUCGUACUUCAAUUAGACAGUAGCGGAACCGGUUUUGGUAACGUUACUGGAGUUAAUCUGAAGAUUGAUACGGAUUUAACGACUUACGUUAAAAACAAUGGGAAAGAAUAUCUGACAAUUAAAGAUGUGAAUGUAAAAAUGGAUACAGAUUCUGGUUACUUCAAUUUUGAGAACCUCUUUAAAGACAAAGAAGACCUUAACGAACGAGCUAAUCGGAUCAUUAACGAAAACUAUAAAGUGUUUCUAGAAGACUUCAAGCCUCUCGUAGAAAAUAUCAUACAAUCGUUUGUGAAGCAGCUCUUCAAUACGUUUUACAGCAAGUUUUCCUACGACGUAUUGUUUCCAGAGAAAGUUCAAUAAUAUAUAUAUAUAUAUAUAU